AAUGAUCUGUUAAACUAAAGGUGGGAGGAGCAUGAGAUGUGGAGACAUAAAAAAGGAGCAAAACUGAGAAGAGCAAGGGCCAAAUAAAGCCAAAAGACCGUGACCAUGGCUGAGUACAAGCUCGAAGUGACAACAGGUGACAUGACAAAUGCAGGAACAUUUGACCACAUACAUGUCACCUUAUUUGGAACUGGAGGGAAGAGUGAGCGAACUGAGUUGGACAACUUUGGAGUAGAUUUUAAAACUGGGAUGACAGGGAUAUACACUGUGAGAACCAAUUUGUCUCUGGGGAAACUUCUGCUGGUCAAGGUGGAGAAAGAGCCUUUUUCUCUUCUCCCAGAAGAUGAGUGGUACUGCUCCAAAAUAGUGGUGACGACUCCAGAAGGAGAUGUCAUUCUUUUCCCCUGUUACAGAUGGAUCUCCAGGGGAGAACUGGUGGAGCUGAGAGGGGGGAGAGCCAUGAAGAAUUUUGAGGAGGACCAUCCCCUGUCCAUUGACCAUCGGGAAAAAGAGCUGAUACUUAAAAAGAGCAUGUACCAAUGGAAGAUUGACGAUCAAAGGCUACCACAUGCCAGUAAUUUCCAAAAUAUAUCUGAGCUCCCAGCUGAAAUCUGCUUUUCUAUAUCCAAAUCAAUGGAAAUACUUUAUACAAAAAGAAUGACUGGUGCUGAACUCAUGUUUAAGGGGCUGGUUGGAUCUACUGAACAAUGGAAAAACAUCGAGGACAUGAAAAAAAUCUUCUGGUCCAAAAGGACAAAAAUGUCAGAGUAUAUUACAGAACACUGGAAGGAAGAUGACUUUUAUGGAUUCCAGUUUCUGAAUGCAAUCAACCCCACUGUGAUCAAACGCUGCUCAGAGCUUCCCCCAAACUUUCCAGUCACAGAGGAGAUGGUGAAGCCGUUCCUGGAAAAGGGAAGCUCUCUGCAGAAGGAAAUCGAGAAAGGCAAUAUAUUCCUCUCUGACCAGAAGAAGAUGGAUGGAAUUCCAGCUAGAGCCCAAAAAGGUGAACCUCUGCACGUGACUGCUGGUCUCUGUUUGUUCUACUUGAACCCAGAAAACAAACUGAUGCCAAUUGCAAUACAGUUGCAUCAACAACCUUCUGAGCAGAACCCCAUCUUUCUGCCCAGUGACCCGGAGACGGACUGGCUGCUAGCCAAGAUGUUUAUUAAAAAUGCAGAUUCCAUGGAUCAUCAAGCAGUCCAUCACCUCCUGAACACUCACUUUCUGACAGAAGUCUAUGCUGUUGCCACUCUCCGCAGCUUCCCUGUGAUUCAUCCCCUCCACAAGCUGCUGCUUCCACACUUCCGCUACACUCUCCACAUCAACACUGUAGGUCGCAAAUCUCUUUUUGGACCUGAUGGGGCUUUAAGCAUAAGUUCACUUGGAUAUGAUGGGAUGAGAGAGCUCAUGAGAAGGUCUCUCUCUGAAAUGACCUACAGCUCGCUCUGUCUGCCAGAGAACAUAACUGCACGAGGACUGCAGUCUAUCCCCAACUUCUACUACAGAGAUGAUGGCCUGAAGCUGUGGAACAUCAUCAACAGCUUUGUGAAGGCAGUGGUGGAGUACUAUUAUCCCUCUGACAGUGACGUCCGUAAAGAUACUGAGCUGCAGGAAUGGAUCAGUGAGAUAUUCACACAUGGCUUGUUAGGAAACAAAGGCUCAGGGUUUCCAGCAAGCUUUCAUACUGUCGAGGAAGUGAUCAAGUUCAUCACUAUGGUGAUCUUCACAGCGACGGCUCAACAUGCUGCAGUCAAUAAUGGACAGUUUGACUACUACGCCUGGCUGCCUAAUGCCUCGCUCCUGCUGCGCAAACGUCCUCCAACCACUAAGGGGAAGUCAAGCAUGAAGACAAUUUUGGAGACCCUCCCAAAUGUUGGAGACACAGUCAGCUUUGUAGCAAUGGUUUGGCUGCUUUCAGACAAAUACACUGAUACGGUUCCCUUGGGUACAUACCCUGAAGAACAAUUCGAUGAGCCUGCUCCAAAGCAGAUGAUCAAGGAAUUUCAAGCAAAGUUGUCCUAUCUCAGUGAAGAAAUUACAACAAGAAACUCUAAGCUUAAAGUACCCUACAUAUAUCUGAAUCCUUCUCAGAUAGAGAACAGUAUAACUAUUUAAGAAAGUCUGAGCCAUUAUGCAUUAGGAGAUUGUAUCCUUGCAUUUCUCAACAUGCAUGCAGGGAGGUGUGUUUGAAUUUAGUACAUACAAUAGGUAAGGUGUUAGAGACAGUUAGUGAGGUGUUGCAUGCUGGGACAAGAUGAUUAUAUUUUAUUAGUAUCAUGAUGAGUGGGCCCGUGGUAUGGUAACAUAUGGACCUACUGUAUGUUAACUGGUUAACACGGGAAGUAAUAGCUUAAACAUUACCUGUUGCUUUCUGCGUGAUUUUUCUGCAACUGAUUUUGUCGUAUCAGACUUCUACAAGUGCAUAGCAUUCAUUUUUACUUAAGUAAAAAUAGAACUACUUUGUGUUUAACACCAGUCACGAUGAUUUCGAGCAUAUGGCUCAGAACAGAGUUCCUCUUUAUGUGAUUAGAAAUCAAAAACAGAAAUUUAACUUCAGGAAUUCUUUUAUGUAUUUCUUUUUGCCUUUCCUCUAAAACAUUAAGAGCAUGAGGACAGAGAUGAAUUAGAUAUAGCUGUGUAGUAUUCAUAACUGUAUGUAACCAGAGGGUUUUUUGCAGGGUUAUGUUUUAUUAAGUAUAAGGGAAAUGCCUGAAUUCUUAACCUAAAAUAUCAAAAUAAAGGUGUCUAAUGUGUGUAAUUAGCUCUGUUGGGUUUCUGUACUCUCCACUUUACUGUCUCCUAACUCAGAUUCAGUAAAGGUUUUUAGUUGUUCAGAUCUGCAAACUCCAUCUAGUUUUACUACAUGACUUCUUAACCUUAACAACUGAGACUUGACAUGAAGCCCCAUUAAAGAAUGACUUAACACUUAA